GCGACGCCGCCUGCGUGCCCCUGCACCGCUCCGUAACCCGCUAGUGGAAAUACAAUGAUCAUAUUAUGCACGCUUUUUCUCUGUCGGACAAAAAGGCGCAUUACAUUUUUCUAAAGUGACGGAACGCAAGGCUCUUGGGGAGUGUGGCUCUAAUUUAAUGCACAUUUUCUCGGAGUAGCUACAACUCAGGAAAUACGAUUUUGGCAUUCGUAUCAAAAAAAAACCUUUGCCUACAGGAUGGACGAAGCACAGUGCUACUACAAUGAAACAAUUGCUUUCUUUUACAAUCACAGUGGCAAAUACCUAGCCACAGAAUGGAACACGGUCAGUAAGCUGGUGAUGGGACUGGGUAUUACAGUGUGCAUCUUUAUCAUGUUGGCAAACCUGCUUGUAAUGGUGGCCAUCUACAUCAACCGGCGCUUCCACUUUCCCAUUUAUUAUCUUAUGGCUAACCUGGCAGCAGCUGACUUCUUUGCUGGGCUAGCCUACUUCUAUUUGAUGUUCAACACGGGUCCCAACACUCGCAGGCUGACAGUGAGCACUUGGCUAUUACGGCAGGGCCUUAUUGAUACCAGCCUGACCGCCUCAGUGGCUAAUCUCCUGGCCAUCGCCAUUGAGCGUCACAUCACCGUCUUCCGCAUGCAGCUGCACACACGCAUGAGCAACCGGCGAGUGGUGGUGGUCAUUGUCAUCAUCUGGACGAUGUCGAUCAUUAUGGGGGCCAUCCCCAGCGUGGGCUGGAACUGCAUCUGUGACAUCAAAACCUGCUCCAACAUGGCACCCAUCUACAGCCACUCUUACCUGGUAUUCUGGGCCAUCUUUAACCUGGUCACUUUCGUGGUCAUGGUGGUCCUCUACGCCCACAUAUUCCUCUACGUGCGGCAGAGGACCAUGAGAAUGUCCCGCCACAGCUCCGGCCCCAGGAGAAACCGAGACACCAUGAUGAGCCUUCUGAAGACUGUGGUGAUUGUGCUAGGGGCUUUCAUUGUUUGCUGGACCCCUGGUUUGGUCUUGCUCCUGUUGGAUGUUUUCUGUGCCAGCUGCAAUGUGUUGGAUUUUGAGAAGUUCUUCCUCCUCCUGGCGGAAUUCAACUCCGCCAUGAACCCUAUCAUCUACUCUUACCGGGACAAAGAGAUGAGCGCCACCUUCAAACAGAUCCUUUGCUGCCAGCGGCAGGAGAACGUCAACGGUACUGCCGAAGUUUCCGACCGUUCUGCCUCCUCCAUCAACCACACCGUCCUCAGCGGAGGCCACAACCAUGACCAUUCUGUUGUGUAAAAAGUCCUGGAAGAAUAAUAAAAAAAUACAGGGAAGGUAUGCAAGAGAUGCAUCCCAGCUCUUUUGGAGAGCAAAAAGGGGCAUUUCAACAGUGAGGACAGUGCUGUUGUAAUUAUAGUCUUUUUUGUAGUAUUUCAGUGGAAAUGUCACUGUCCUGUUGACACUACAUGAACUAUUUAUGUACUAAUCUGUGAUGUGAAGGAUAAGCAUACACUAGUAUAAAGAUGCUUAUUAGUAUUUGUUGAUAUAUCAGUGUUGACCAUAUUAAGGGGCCAAUUCAUUCUACGGAACAGUAUUUUGCUCUAGUGAUUUAGUCAUGUAUUAAAUGUGUAGUCAUUUAGUAUGAGAGAAUUAAACAGUUUCAUUUUUUAUUUCUAACAGUUAUUUUUUUUUCUUAGUGUUAGUGGUAAAAAUGAGCACCAAAUGACCCCACUUGAAUUCAUGUUUAUAUAUAGGGGUAAUAAUGGAAACACCAAACAACACAUUAACAUGUAUUAACUAAAAAGAAUUUGGACUGCCCUUUAACUUCAUAGCAGCUUCAAUUCUUCUUGGAAUGCUGAUAUACAAGCUGUUAAACUGAUUCUGAUGGGAUAUUGGACCAUUCUUCUGAAGGAAAUCCUCCAGUUCUUUGAGAAGCGAAGGAGGUGAAAAUCUUCCAGAAGAUUCCAUAAAGUUUUUAUGAUGUUUAGAUAAGGCAAUCGAGGAAAGAUGGCUGCCCAUAUCAUAACCUAUCGACCAUCAUGUUUAACAGCUGGGAACAGCCAAUUAGGGUUACGUGGGAACAGACUUCCUUUGGCUUUCUCCAAACAAACCCAUCUGGAUGUUGGAAAAGCAGUAAAAGACAACUCAUCAGACCAUAUUACUUUCUUACACUGCUCAGAUGUCCACGUAUUGUGCUUAUAUUAUGCAUUGACCUUGGCUAGAAGUGUUUUCACAAAAGUAUUCCUACCAUAAAGAUCAGCUCUGUAAAGCUCACGAUGAACAGUUUUUGUUGAGACCUGGAUCACAGAAGUGUAGAUUCAUUUCUUUGGUAAUUUUUUUGCCCAUUGUUUUGUGCUUUAGCUACUAUCCUGGCAAAUUUCCAUCUAUCUUGUCAGUGAGCUUGUGUUCAUCUUUACCUAAUAUGGUUUACCUUGUUUAGCAUACACCAUAAUGAUUUUGACACUGUUCCCCUUCACAUAUUUAAUCAUUUUACCGUUUCUGUGACUGACGCACCUGAUAUUCGGGCACCAGCUAUUUGACCUCUUUUGAAAUCAGCUAGGUCUUGCAUGUUGCUUGAAAGAGUGUCAUGUUUAAAUUGUCUUUUAUAGUAAACAUAGCUGGUGAUUAGUACUGACAUUAAUAUGAAGCACAUGUGUAAUUAAUUGUCAUUUAGUUCCUGAAAAUAUGAGUUCUGUUUCAUUUGGUGUUUCCAUUAUUUUAUC